AGCCCUUAGGUGCCAUUGCCCUGUUUGUGAUCUGGGCUCUGACAAGGUGACAGCCGCACUUUGGAGGGCUCCCACGUUCCUUAGGAGUCUUGCUCUCCUGGCAGAAUCCAGUGCCUGAAUCUGGACUUGAGGGUUCUGGUCUGUGGUGCUUAGAAGCGAAGGAGAGAAGGACUCAAGUCCAGGCCAACUGUCUGACUGUCUGAGGUGCUGGAACAGAAGGAGGUCCAUUCCUGUUUGGUGACAGCACUGUGGCCCUGUUCUGGGAUGUUCGAGGUAUAAAGGUUUCCCCCAAGAAAGCAGCUGAGUCCUUGCAACUUGCCCAGCACUGAGUUCCUCGGAGCUGAAGGCAGCCUGGCCCCUUCUCAAUGGUCAGUACCCAACUGUACUGAGGUCCUGCAGCCGUGGCGGUGUGAGGAGCUGUGCAUUCAGUUAUAACUGAAAAUGUCUGAUAGUCUGGAUAAUGAAGAGAAGCCCCCAGCUCCCCCACUGAGAAUGAAUAGUAACAACCGAGAUUCUUCAGCACUCAACCACAGCUCCAAACCACUUCCCAUGGCCCCUGAAGAGAAGAAUAAGAAAGCCAGGCUUCGCUCUAUCUUCCCAGGAGGAGGGGAUAAAACCAAUAAGAAGAAAGAGAAAGAACGCCCAGAGAUCUCUCUUCCUUCAGACUUUGAGCAUACGAUUCACGUGGGGUUUGAUGCUGUCACCGGGGAAUUCACUCCAGAUCUCUAUGGCUCACAGAUGUGCCCAGGGAAGCUCCCAGAGGGAAUUCCUGAGCAAUGGGCACGAUUACUCCAAACUUCCAACAUAACAAAACUGGAACAGAAGAAGAACCCUCAGGCUGUUCUAGAUGUUCUCAAAUUCUAUGAUUCCAAAGAAACUGUCAACAACCAGAAAUACAUGAGCUUUACAUCAGGAGAUAAAAGUGCACAUGGAUACAUAGCAGCCCAUCCUUCGAGUACUAAAACAGCGUCAGAGCCUCCCUUGGCUCCUCCUGUGUCUGAGGAAGAAGAUGAAGAAGAGGAGGAGGAAGAAGAUGACAAUGAGCCCCCACCAGUUAUUGCACCAAGACCAGAGCAUACAAAAUCAAUCUAUACUCGUUCUGUAGUUGAAUCCAUUGCCUCACCAGCAGCACCAAAUAAAGAAGUCACACCACCUUCUGCUGAGAAUGCCAAUUCCAGUACUUUAUAUAGAAACACAGAUCGGCAAAGGAAAAAAUCCAAGAUGACAGAUGAGGAGAUCUUAGAGAAGCUAAGAAGCAUUGUGAGUGUUGGUGACCCAAAGAAAAAAUACACGAGAUUUGAAAAAAUUGGUCAAGGGGCAUCAGGUACUGUUUAUACAGCUCUAGACAUUGCAACAGGACAAGAGGUGGCCAUAAAACAGAUGAACCUUCAACAGCAACCCAAAAAGGAAUUAAUUAUUAAUGAAAUUCUUGUCAUGAGGGAAAAUAAGAACCCCAAUAUUGUUAAUUAUUUAGAUAGCUACUUAGUGGGCGAUGAACUGUGGGUAGUCAUGGAAUACUUGGCUGGUGGCUCUUUGACUGAUGUGGUAACAGAAACCUGUAUGGAUGAAGGACAGAUAGCAGCUGUGUGCAGAGAGUGCCUCCAGGCUUUGGAUUUCUUGCACUCAAACCAAGUGAUCCAUAGAGAUAUAAAGAGUGACAAUAUUCUCCUUGGGAUGGAUGGCUCUGUUAAAUUGACUGAUUUUGGGUUCUGUGCCCAAAUAACUCCUGAGCAAAGUAAACGAAGCACCAUGGUUGGAACACCCUAUUGGAUGGCACCUGAGGUGGUGACUCGGAAGGCCUAUGGUCCGAAGGUUGAUAUCUGGUCUCUGGGUAUUAUGGCAAUUGAAAUGGUGGAAGGUGAACCCCCUUACCUUAAUGAAAAUCCACUCAGGGCAUUAUAUUUGAUUGCCACAAAUGGAACACCAGAGCUCCAGAAUCCAGAGAGAUUGUCUGCUGUAUUCCGUGACUUUUUAAAUCGCUGUCUUGAGAUGGAUGUGGAUAGGCGAGGGUCUGCCAAGGAGCUCUUGCAGCAUUCAUUUUUAAAAUUAGCCAAGCCUCUCUCCAGCCUGACACCUCUCAUUAUUGCUGCAAAGGAAGCGAUCAAGAACAGCAGCCGCUAGAACUGCAAGCCUUACCCCACACCAUCUCCCUCAUCAGUAAGACUGAAAUAAAACUCUGCUGCAGAAAAUAUGGAAGAAAAAAGACAGUCAAAUGGGCUGGAGGUUCUUUAACUUUCAAAUGAAUAGAAACUUCUUAUAAGCCUUUUUCCUACUCCCUAGGAUUCUGUAAUUUAUUUGUAAGCCUGAAUUGCAGCCCCAAUAGGGCAGCAAUGCUGAAGUGGCUAGAAAGUGGUCACUUUUACCGUGAAGCGAAAGAGCCAGUAGUGAAUCCCCUCAUUUUGUGCAUACACUUUGGAGAAAAAUAUUUCUCAAAGAUGCACACUUCCUCUUCAUAGUGUUGUAUUUGUUUUUAAGUUAGAGUAGUCCCUCUUGCAUUCAAACCUCCUUCAGAUUUCCUUACCAAAUGUGAUGUUUUUCACUUGCAUUGUCAUUAACUAUUGAGAAAAAAAAGAGGUCAAAACAUUUUUUAGAAGGAAAACUAAAUAAAAACAAAGAAACAAACAACACACACAGGCACACACAUACAACA